AUACAGAGCCUCCAGUAAUUAUGUGUCAUGAGGACAAGAUAAUUUCAACGGAGCCUUAUGUAAAGUACGCAAAACCAACGGCGACGGAUAACUAUUCAAGUAAUCCAACUGUAUCGUGUCACCCUGAAUCUGGUUCUGGUUUUCAAAUCGGUGAAACACGCGUUGUGUGCAAAGCUGUCGACGAAGUCAACAAUGCUGCAUCGUGUUCAUUUCUAGUAACAGUGGAAAAUUAUAUUGACGUGUUCCCACCCAGUUUUACUUGUCCGAUGAAUAUCGUUUCAAAAAGCCAGUCUCCGGAAUGGGUCAUUCCAGAAGCCACAGACGACCGAACGCAGUCACCAUUGGUGGAAUGUUCAGAGAGUCCAAGCCAAGAAUAUCCAAUUGGCUCCGUAAAUGAAAUCACUUGUACCAUGAGUGAUGACGCAGGAAAUGGAGCGUCGUGUACAUUUACAAUAAGUAUCGGUAGGUGGCAUAAUGUUUGGAGAUCUCAUAUUGUCAUUAAAUGCUUAUAAGGAGAGAGCUUGUCAUUCGAUCUGUGUUAAUUGCCAUGCAUCAACAACUAGUGCUAUCCAACUACGUAAGAGCAUGACGAAUUAGAUGCUUUAAUCGGAUUUGAAUUUCCAACAAAGCCUCAAUGGUUAAGUUAAGGAGUC